CGCGCCGGCUGGCGCGCAGCUGGCUCGUGCGAGGAGGCCGCGGCGCCCCCUCCGCCGUGGUGCCUUGGCUCGCCGCGGCGGCCGGGCUCGUGGGCGGCGGCAUGGCGCGCGCGGCCGCCGCCUCCGCGGAGAGGAAGCGCAUCGACACUCACCUCCAUCUGUGGACGCCCGACGCGGAGAGAUACCCGGCAUCUAAGCCCAUCCCGGAGAACUUGAACUCAGACCGACGGGGAACGUUUGAGAGUUUCGUCAAGUUGAUGGACGAGACCGGAAUAUCACAAGCUGUGGUCAUCCAGCCGAUCAAUUAUGGGCAGGACUACAGAUACCUGAUGGCCGCGAUGAGCGCCUACCCGACCCGGCUCAAGGGCAUGUUCAUCGCCGACCCGAGCGUCCCUUCAGAAGACGCCGCGGCCUGGGUCAGGGCGACCGCCGCCUCGAGCCCCGGCUGGGUGGGCAUCCGCUUCAACCCGUACCUGUGGCCGGCCAGCGCGGAGGGCGGCAUGGCGGACUCGACGGGCAAGGCCAUGUUCGCCGCGGCGGGUGACCUCGGUCUGGUCAUAGGAUUCAUGGCGUUCAAAGGCCUCAAGCUCCAUGUGGCCGACAUCGAGGCGCUCCUCCAGGACUCGCCCAAGACGAAGGUGAUCAUUGACCAUUGGGGCUUCUUUUUGCAGCCAGCCACUGGUGAAGGAGACAGGGUCAUCGACGAGGACAGUUGGAACGCAUUGCUGCAGCUAAGCAAGUACCCCCAAGUCUACGUGAAGGUCUCGGCGCUCUUCCGAGCGGCGGCAGACGCGUACCCGUGGCCGUCGCUGUCCGACCGGCUUGCUGUGCUGCUGAAGACGUAUUCCUCUUCGCGCUUGAUGUGGGGCUCUGACUUUCCCUUCGUCACGGACUUCGCGGAGUACGGCCCCGCGGCCCGCGCCCCCGAGGCGUGGCCGGUCUGGGGCGACAUGUCCGAGCAGGAGCGCGACGACCUGUUCUUCAACACCGCGGCCGGCCUCCUCUCCGGGCAGUGCUCGGAGUCCAGGUGACGGGGGCGUGCGCCCCGCCAGUGACGCCCGGCGCCGGCGUGCCGCCGCCGCGCUUCGGUCCCCGCGCAAAUCGGUCUAUCAAGACCACGGGAGCUGCUCCACGCAGCUGCGGGAAGUGGGUGCCGCUGUGGGAAGAUCGGCAUCGUCAGACCUGUCUCCAUCCGCACCAGGAAAGCCUCGCCCCCGCCGGCCUGCACCCAGGUGGGGAUGCACGCUGUCUCCCUCGGGUUUCGCGGCUUCUAUCCUUGCCUGGGGGGCCGGCGCGUGGCGCUGAGGUACCUUGGCCCAGUGACCCUGAGGGGACGGGGAUCAUUCGAAGCAGCGAUGCUGCGAAGAGCCAGCGGACGCGGGCAGCACACGUGC